UAUGUCGGACGGUGGGGGGUUGGAUGCGUUUUGUAACUCAACUUUUUGGGAUGCAAACAUUACAUGGAAUACAGAAAAUCCAGACUUCACCCUAUGCUUUGAGCAGACUGUUCUGGUGUGGGUGCCUUGUGGUUUCCUGUGGUUGUUUGCUCCGCUAGAAGUACACUACCUCCGCCAUAGUGUGGACAGACUGGUGCCAUGGAGCUGGGUCAAUGUAUCCAAGUUGGUGAUAUCAUUGCUGAUACUGAUUCUGCAGUGUAUCAGUUUCUUCUACACUAUUCAACAGCACAGUACGGGGAACUCAGUUGCAGAUGUAUACUAUGUGACUCCCUGCAUAAUCUUUGCUUCUGUAUUACUUCAACUUAUAUUUGUGAUGUUGGAUAAGAAGUAUGGAAUCCAAAGUUCAGGAUACCUCUUUAUCUUCUGGUUACUCCUGAUGGUGUUUGCCAUCCCAGAAUUCUACACAAAUAUCAAUAAUGGGGAAAAUGUAAAUGUUAUCAGAUUUGUGGUAUACUCCGUGUACUUCCCACUGACAAUUUUGAUGUUCUUGCUGAAUUGCUUUGGUGAUGCUACCCCAGAGUAUAUCGACUAUCCACUAGGAGAUAAACCAAGUCCAGAGACCAGUGCAUCUUUCUUAAGUCGUGUGACCUUUGCUUGGAUGGACCCCUUGAUAUGGAAAGGAUACAGAAAGCCUUUAGUACAAGCAGAUACAUGGGAUCUGGCACGGGAAAAUGCAUCACGUAACACUGUUGCAAAGUGGGACAAAAACUGGAAGAAAACUUUAAAAAAGGCCAAAAAAAUACGCAAUUCUGAAGCAUGGGCUACCUACUCAAACAAUGCUGUCCAUGUGGAGGUGCCAAAAGGUGAAGGCAAAAGGCAGCAGAAGAUAUCUAUAUUGCCCACCAUGGUACGUACAUUUGGUCCAACUUUCUUCUUCGGGGCCGUCCUCAAGGUCAUGUAUGAUGUCCUACAGUUUGUCAGCCCACAGAUCCUCGGCCUACUAAUUUCGUUUUCUGAAAGUACUGAAGAAGAUGACCCACAGUGGCGUGGUUUCCUCUAUGCUGCUGUAAUGUUGGUGUGUGCACAACUGCAGUCCUUUAUCCUUGGCCAGUACUUCAUGAAGAUGUUCUUGGCUGGUCUUCAGAUUCGUACUGGAGUAAUUUCUGCCGUUUACCGCAAGGCCUUACGAAUCUCAAAUUCAGCCAAAAAAAACUCAACAGUUGGAGAGAUUGUCAAUUUAAUGGCAGUAGAUGCCCAACGAUUUAUGGAUCUCACAACUUACAUCAACAUGCUAUGGUCGGCACCACUCCAGAUUGCACUUGCCCUAUACUUUUUGUGGCAGAUCCUAGGGCCAUCUGUGCUUGCUGGACUUGCUGUAAUGAUAGUGUUGAUCCCAGUGAAUGGUGUCAUUGCCAAUCAGAUCAAACACUUGCAGAUAAAACAAAUGAAGAACAAGGAUCAGCGUGUGAAAUUAAUGAAUGAAAUUCUCAAUGGAAUCAAGGUGUUGAAGUUGUAUGCUUGGGAGCCAUCUUUUGAGGAGCAAGUGUUGGAUGUACGAUCUACGGAAGUAAAUGUACUGAAAAAGUCGGCCUAUCUUAAUGCUAGUACUGCCUUCAUCUGGACCUGUACCCCAUUUAUGGUGACACUGGUUAUGUUUGCAACGUAUGUAUUGUCAGACCCAAGUCACAUUCUGACAGCAGAGAAAAUCUUUACUUCCCUCUCUCUCUUAAAUAUACUACGGAUGCCCAUGACUAUGUUACCAUUCCUCAUAGUGGCUAUAGUGCAGGCAAAAGUUUCCUUGAAAAGGUUGAACAAUUUCCUAAAUGCUGAUGAACUGGACCCCAACAAUGUAUCAAGAGACAACACAGAGAACAGUUGUAUUAAAGUUGAGAAUGGUACCUUUGCUUGGGGUCAUGAUGAGGAAGACAGUAAACCAGUCUUGAAAGAUAUCAAUCUUGAUGUGAAAGAGUCGUCGCUGGUGGCAGUUGUUGGCACUGUGGGUGCCGGCAAGUCCUCUCUCUGUUCUGCAAUCCUUGGAGAGAUGGAGAAGCAGUCAGGAAGAGUUAACAUCAAGGGAAGCAUUGCCUAUGUAUCCCAGCAAGCUUGGAUUCAAAAUUCUACUUUAGAAAACAACAUCUUGUUUAAUUAUAAGAAGGAUGAUGACAGAUAUAAUAGCUGCAUCCGAGCAUGUGCACUGGUAUCUGAUCUGGAGAUGCUACCUGGCGGAGAUCAGACAGAAAUUGGGGAGAAGGGAAUCAACCUGAGUGGCGGUCAGAAGCAGCGUGUCAGUUUAGCUCGUGCUGUUUAUGCUGACACUGACGUCUACCUUCUUGAUGAUCCUUUGAGUGCUGUAGACUCACAUGUAGGCAAGCACAUAUUUGAACAAGUGAUCGGUCCAGAGGGACUUCUGAAGGGAAAGACCCGAAUAUUGGUAACCCACGGAAUUACAUACCUGCCACAAGUGGACAAAAUUGUGGUUCUCAAGAAUGGAGUCGUCACAGAAGAAGGAAGUUAUACAGAGUUGUUGAAUAAGAAAGGGCAAUUCCAAGAAUUUUUACUCGAGUACAUAUCACAAAAGGCAGAGGAAGAUGACUUGCUGGAAGAUUUGGAAGACAUAAAAUUGCAACUUGAGAGCAAAAUUGGGCGCGAAGCUCUUCAGCGACAGAUUUCUCGCAAGAGAGAAGAGAGUGAAAGUGAAAGCUGCGACCCUAGCAAAAAUAAUGAGAUCAUCAAGAGAGGAAGUGUAAAGCGUACCAAAACCCAGAGUGAAUCAGAGAAAGCUAAGCCAGCCAUCAGUCAACCACCUCAGCCACCAAAGAAUGAAUCUGGUCAAAAACUCAUUGAAACUGAGAAGGCACAAACUGGCACUGUAGGAGUUAAAGUCUAUGGCUACUACAUACGAGCCAUUGGCAUAGCAUCAUCAUGUCUCACGGUUAUGUUCUAUGUCCUAUCUCAAUCAUGCACUGUAGGUUCCAACAUGUGGCUAACAAAAUGGUCAAACGAAGAACUAGUAAACGGUACCAUGGAUCCUAGUGUGACAGACAUGUAUUUGGGUGUCUAUGGUGCUUUUGGUGUUGGACAGGCGGCUUUCAUCUUGACGGGCUCCAUGAUCAUUUCGAGGGCAACUAUAUUGGCAUCAAAGCUAUUGCAUAGGCAAAUGCUUGGUAAUGUUUUGCACAGCCCAAUGUCCUUCUUUGACAUGACUCCUAUUGGGCGUAUUGUGAAUCGAUUUGCCAAGGAUUUGGACACAGUUGAUGUACUCCUUCCUUCCAACUUGAGGGCAUGGAUGGGGUGUUUCAUAUCGGUGUUAGCAACAUUUGCAGUGAUCAUCUAUGCCACUCCUGCAUUCGCCCUGGUCAUGAUCCCCACAAUGAUCAUCUACUAUUUUGUGCAGGUUCUGUAUGUAUCUACGUCUAGGCAGUUGAAACGCAUUGAAUCUGUUUCCCGUUCCCCCAUUUAUUCACACUUCCAAGAGAGUAUACAAGGGGCAUCAACUAUCCGUGCGUAUGGAAAAGAACAUCAGUUUAUACAAGACUCUGAAGCCAAAGUAGAUUUCAAUCUUCGAAGUUCCAACCCAAGUGUCAUGGCAAACAGGUGGUUGGCUAUUAGGUUAGAGUUCAUUGGCAACAUUAUGACAUUUUCUGCUGCCAUGUUUGCUGUCGUGGGCCGGGGUAAUAUCUCUGGAGGAAUAGUUGGACUCUCAGUCAGCUAUGCUCUGUCAGUGACACAGACAUUAAAUUGGCUGGUGCGGAUGACCUCGGAUGUAGAGACCAAUGUUGUAGCUGUGGAACGUAUUAAAGAGUACACUGAGGUCCCGCAGGAAGCUGCCUGGGAUAUUUCAAGCAAAAAACCACACAAGGACUGGCCAGACCAGGGAGUGGUGGACUUCAACAACUACUCCACACGCUAUCGUGAAGGGAUGGAUCUAGUUGUCAAGGACAUUUCCUUCCAUAUUAAUGGAGGAGAAAAGAUAGGAAUAGCUGGUCGAACAGGGGCAGGAAAAUCAUCAUUAACCCUAGGACUCUUCCGCGUUAUUGAAGCAGCUGGUGGUAAUAUCACAAUUGAUGGUGUUAACAUAUCUGACAUUGGCCUUCAUGACCUUCGUGGCCGACUAACUAUUAUUCCACAGGAUCCUGUUUUGUUCAGUGGAACACUUCGAAUGAACCUUGAUCCCUUUGGAGUUUUUGAUGAUGCUGAGGUAUGGUCAGCACUGGAACAUUGUCAUCUCAAGGAGUAUGUGUCUGAGCUGUCAUCUGGCCUUCAAUAUAAUAUAACAGAAGGUGGAGACAACCUCAGUGUUGGUCAGAGACAGUUGGUUUGUCUGGGUCGAGCUCUUUUGCGUAAAACUCGUUUGCUUGUCUUGGAUGAGGCAACGGCUGCAGUAGACUUAGAAACUGAUGACCUUAUCCAACAAACUAUACGACGAGAGUUUACUGACUGUACCGUACUCACCAUUGCCCAUAGACUCAACACCAUCAUGGACUCAACGAGGGUACUUGUUUUAGACAGAGGUGAGGUUAAAGAGUUUGACACACCUUCUAAUCUUCUAAAAGACAAAACUUCAAUCUUUUAUGGAAUGGCCAAAGAUGCUGGACUGGUCUGAGUUCCUAAAGCACAAAUAAAGAAAUAAAGUACCUUAAGCAGAGGAAAGAAAGCAUUUAUUUGUACUUAAAAUUUAAAGUGACAGGAAUUAUUGACUUAGCGUAGUGUUGUGAGCAUGUUUAGAAUGUUUGUCAUUGUAUGUCUGACUUAUUUUAUGAGUUUCAUGUGUACAACUGUAUGUCAAGUUGAGUGAAAAGUUUGAUUUAUAUGUAACUUUGUGUAUUGGUUAUAUGUUUAAAAGAAAAAAUGAAAGUACUGUAUGUUGUUGCACAACUUUAGAUUUAUCAAGACACAUGGAUAGCCUUGUGAAUGCAUUGUGGCAUGCCAAGUACAAUUUGAAAUAAAUAGUUUAAUGUAUAAUGACAUACUGUACAAUAUUAUUAUUCUCAUUUAGAUGUCCUGUUUUGUAUCUGUGUCAUUCAGCUCUCUAAAAACCAAACCUAACUGAAUGAUAGGAAAUUCUUUGACUAGCCCAUUUUAAUGCAAUUCUUGAUACAGUAGAAUCCCAGUUAUCUGACACCUAUGGGGAUUGAGAGGGGCAGGAUAAAGAGUUUUUCCAGUUAUUUUAAACUCACUCUUAGGAUCCCCCAAUAAACCCUACAAUACACAGUGCUACAGGCUGACCUGGCAAAUUCGUGUCAGAAAAAUGGACUUCUUUAGCACUUAUUCCACUCUAUAUAAACAUUAUGGCUUAAAAAUAAAGAAAAUAGAAUAUAAAACUGUAAAAUAAGAAAAAUGAAGAGCGUAGGUGUGUAUGUGUGGUAAGUGAACGGGUGUGGAGGUGGUGGGCUAUAACUAUAUUACCGAAUCGUCAGCCCAACUGCUGCAUUUAUUGUUACUUGUAAUAAAACUACAGUAUAAAAGUUGUCAAAAAAUCAUUACAAUACUGUACUGUACUUUAAUGUGGCUUACAAAUAAAUGAAAUAUAAUAUAAAACUAUAAAAUAAGGAAAAUGAAGAGCAUGGGUGUGUAUAGUAUGUGGGAAGUGAAUGUGUGUUGAGGCAGUGGGGUACUGAGCUAUAACUGCAUGACUGCACUCCCUCCUAAUGUGAUGUCACGGCAUGCACACAGCCAGCACUGGAGCCACACAUCUGUGAGUCAGCUGGUUGACUGCCUGAACUGUGUCGUGUCACCCAGAGGAUGGUUUGAGUGUGGAAAGAGUUAUUUUUUGGUAUGUAAAAGAUGUGCUAUUGUAUUUUAUGACAUGCGAUGUAUCGAUUUUAUUGUUUACUAUAGCAAUAAAUAUGGCAGCUCAUUCCUGGUGCGCGCAGUAUUCAAACUGACAAUUCUAGCUGAUUUUGGAGGAUUUUAUUUUAUCAUUACAGUAUUAUUGUUUCAUUUUGGUGCCGAUUAGUUGAAUCUACUGGACAAUUGGGACUCUAUUGUAAAUCAAUAUAUGGUCACUGUUAUAUUAAUGAUUGGAGGAUAUAAUUUAUAUACGUACAAUAUGUAGUUUUAACUGAAAUAAUUAAAGAUGAAAAUUUCA